UUAUUUAAUUGGCACCCGAAUGAAAACCUAUAGUCAUUUGUUUUUUAUUCCACUAUAGUUCACAAGGGUCUUGCUUUUAUAGCGUUUCCAGAACCCGGAUUCUGGUCAAAGAUAUUGGUCUUCUUCGCUUUUAACAUAUUGCAAGAGAGAGAGAGAGAGAGUGUGUAUUUUGCAUUAGAAACAGAAUCUUCUUUUUCUUCCUACCCUAUCUAUAUCUAGUGAAUCGAUGGAAGAUUAUUUGAUAUUGAUGGUCUAGCUUUAGUGAUUUCUUAAAAUUGAAAGUUUAGACAUUAGAAAUAGUGAGUGUUGACAAAGAAGGAUUGAUGGGUAAGAAGAAGCCACAACAGACUAAGGAACUUUCUGUGGCAAUAGCCGAAGCAUCAUCAACAAUAGAUGAGAAAGGACAAGAAGAACAACAAGAACCACAAGAAGAAGCUCUAGCACAAGCUCAUGCUCCUAGAAAGAGAGGAAGACCUCGUAAGCUUAUUGCAAAGAUGGAACGUGAAGAGGAGAAGGAACAAGGAGGCAUAGAGAUUUCAAUGGAAAAAGGUACAACAAAGGAGGUAGAGGUGGCAUCAUCAACAUGCAUGAGAGUUGAGGAGAUGCAACUUCCAAAAGUGGAACCAUCCAGAAGCAGGGCUAGGAGGAAAAGCAAACCCAGAAAGAGUAGCUAAUAAUAUAUAUAAUAAGAAUAAUAAUAAUUGCUGAUCCUUUUUCUCUUUUCUAAUUUCUUUCCCUCUACUUUUUCAUGAACCAAUUAAUUCUUGCUUGCUUUGAUUUGCCAUGUUUUUAUUUCGGUGAUUGAUAUUGAAACUGAUAUUGAUGUUGUUGUUGUUGUUGGGGAACACAAGUGUCAAUAGAAACACUUGAAUAUUAUUAUCCUUGCGUUAUGUUAUGUAUUGUGUUAUGGUUC